ACUGGCUGAGGAUUCGGGGGCUCACUGGUAGUGCGUCACAGCCCGUCGGACAAGAGCACUAGAGAAAAAAAAUAUAUCGACAAACCUGCAUAUUCGUACAUGCCAAUGGCAACGAUAUUUGUGAAAUCAGAACUGACGCACCAUAAGUGACAUGAGAUAUGCGCACUGGAAACAGAGGUCUAAUUCGUCUGCUCAAUGUGAGGAGUUCGGUAACGCUUUCGAAAAAAACUUUUGUGGGGAUAACAAUGAAGAAUGUUUGUUUUAGGAACUGAACUGUGAAGAAAGUACACUUUAAUAAUACGUCACCUCCCAGUAACAUGAAAGAACGUCGGGCGGCAAGAGAGAAACGUGACUACGAGAAGCCAGCCGAAGCGCAGCUCUUCUAAAGUGACCCUCGAAGGCAAGGAAACAGCUCCGAAAACUUUGUGUUGAAAACUAAAGGUUUUGAUGCUCAGAUACGCAUUGUGGGUACUGUUAAAAUAUUAGAGUAGGAUAAAUUCUUCAUCGCUUUUCAAGUGAAAUCAGUUCCCCUGAACCAUGGACGGAGAGGGCUCCGCCGGCUUGGCUAAGUCGGCCGCCGUAAAACUGUCGGAGAUGGGCGAGAGAACUAAACAGCUUGGCACCGCCAUUCAAGAUCCCAACCGUCAGAGACGGAUUAUUUUAGUGAUCGUAUGUGUAGCACUUUUACUAGAUAACAUGCUCUAUAUGGUGAUUGUGCCAAUAAUUCCUGAUUACCUUGCGGAUCUUGAAAGUAAACAAGCCGUUCAUUCCCAUGUGGUAUUGCACCCAAAUACUUCAGCAAAUCGAACAAACCAACCUAUAAGUAACAAGGACAACCUAGACGUUCAAAUAGGAGUGCUUUUUGCCUCCAAGGCUAUAUUACAGCUCCUGGUAAACCCUUUGUCGGGAACUUUCAUCGACCGAGUUGGAUAUGACAUCCCACUCUUGAUUGGGCUCCUUGUGAUGUUCGUAUCUACUUGCAUAUUUGCUUUUGCUGAAAACUAUGGAACCCUUUUCGCGGCGCGAAGCCUACAGGGACUCGGAUCGGCUUUUGCUGACACUUCUGGCAUUGCCAUGAUUGCAGACAAAUACACGGAGGAAGCAGAGAGAAGUCACGCGCUCGGCAUCGCCCUUGCUUUCAUCUCGUUCGGGAGCCUCGUGGCGCCUCCGUUCGGGGGAGUCCUGUACGAAUUCGCAGGUAAACGGGUGCCGUUCAUUGUUCUUGCCUCAGUCUGUCUAGCUGACGGCGUUUUGCUUUUGACUGUCAUUAAACCGUUCUCUAACAGGACUAGAGAAAACAUGCCAGUGGGUACACCGAUUUACAGACUGAUGGUCGAUCCGUAUAUCGCUGUUGUGGCAGGAGCUCUAACAGUGUGUAACAUCCCUCUGGCCUUUUUGGAGCCGACCAUAGCCAACUGGAUGGAGAGCCAUAUGCACGCCACAAAGUGGGAGAUGGGUUUAACCUGGUUGCCUGCCUUCUUUCCGCAUGUUCUUGGCGUCUACGUCACAGUGAAGUUGGCAGCGCAGUAUCCUAACUUGCAGUGGUUCUAUGGAGCUCUAGGUAUGGUCAUCAUUGGUGCAAGCUCCUGCACCGUUCCAGCGUGUAAGACUUUUGGUCAGUUGAUGUUUCCGCUGUGUGGUAUCUGUUUCGGCAUUGCUCUCGUGGACACAGCGCUUUUGCCAACUCUAGCCUUUCUGGUAGAUGUGCGACAUGUAUCGGUAUACGGCAGCGUUUAUGCCAUUGCCGACAUUUCUUAUUCAGUGGCGUAUGCCAUGGGACCUAUAGUUGCUGGUCAAAUUGUGCACAAUCUUGGCUUCGUGCAGCUGAAUUUGGGCAUGGGGCUCGUGAACGUACUUUACGCGCCAGCCCUGUUAAUGCUCCGCCACGUGUGUCAAAUGAAGCCUUCCUACUCUGAGAGAAACGUUCUGCUGGAGGAAGGACCAACAGGACUGUACGACACUAUAAGGCUGGAGGAGAGAAAACUAAAGCGUAAGGGCUUGAGUACCACCACUAACUGUUUGCCUGUGGACGGGAACGGCUUCGACGCGUUCACGGGACAUUCCAGGUCACAUUCUGAUGAAGAAUCUUCUGGUCCCGAAUACAGUUGAAAAUAGAUGAUAACAGAUUCGUGUCGUAACACACGUUUUGAGUGUGGUUCUGAAGUCUGUUAAAAAAAUCCUCUUAAAUAAGGAGUAGCUUACAUUCCAUUUUAUGAUGUACUGGUGUUCAAUAUAUUAUUAUCCAGUUAUGAUUGUGAGAUCGGUAUUAAAAUUCGUUAGUCUGCCAUAAAGAUAUUAAAGCACCGAGGAACAAAUCUAUAGUAUUUUUUCUUUGACAUGUGUAAUUAAAAUAUCGUGAAAGGCGAGUUGUGUAUAAUUAAAAGUGUUUAAAAAACGUAGAUAAAUGAUUUACCAUGCAAAAUGUACAGAAACAAUUAUAAAUAUUUAAUAACCACAUAUAUCCAUAUAACCAAAUAUAUUUUCAUUGCAACACUAAACUUUAAAUCGUUUCCAUAAUAUGUCAGUUUUGUUUCCGAAAAAUGGUUUUAAUUUUUAAUAAUUUCCGAAUUUCAGAAUGUUUUAUUUGCUGUACUUUUGCUUAAACUGUUAAAAUACAUAAAUAUACCAUUAAAUGCGUAGUGUACAUAUAAAUUGCUAUUUGUAAUUACUGCCAGAGAGAUAUAUGGAUUUGUGCAUAUUUGAUUUCAUGUUUCGUGUGUUGGUGUGAGUAUGCGUGUGUCUGACGAGAAAAUGAAUCAGUUAAAACUUGAAGAAGCUUAAAUGUGACAUUUCAAGGUUGGACCAAAAUUGAGCAAAUGUUAUGCUCAUUUUAAUGGUGAUCACUUUAAUAAAAAAAAAUCAUCUCACCGUG